CGGCCACUUCCGGCCCGGGGCGGCUGUGGGCGGAGCGGGCGGGUUUGAAUCGCGGCGCGGUUGCCGCUUCUCUCCUCCCGCUCCGCUUCGCCAUGAACUUCUCGGAGCUGUUUAAGCUCACCAGUCUGCUCAGCAGGUUCUCCCCUAACGGCAAGUGCCUGGCUUCAUGCGUGCAGUACCGUUUGGUGGUUCGGGAUGUCAGCACCCUCCAGGUCCUGCAGCUGUACACUUGCUUGGAUCAAAUCCAGCACAUAGAGUGGUCGUCUGAUUCCCUGUUCAUUUUGUGUGCAAUGUACAAGCGAGGGAUUGUCCAGGUCUGGUCCUUGGAGCAGCCCGACUGGCACUGUAAGAUCGACGAGGGCUCGGCAGGAUUGGUGGCUUCAUGCUGGAGUCCGGAUGGUCGUCACAUUCUCAACACAACCGAGUUCCAUCUGCGGAUAACUGUGUGGUCCCUGUGCACCAAAUCAGUCUCUUACAUCAAGUAUCCUAAAGCCUGUCAGCAGGGGAUAGCUUUCACCAAGGAUGGCCGCUAUAUGGCAGUCGCAGAAAGACGCGACUGCAAGGACUUUGUUAGCAUCUUUGUGUGCAGCGACUGGCAGCUGCUAAGGCAUUUUGACACUGAAACGCAAGAUCUCUUUGGGAUCGAAUGGGCUCCUAAUGGCUGUGUCCUGGCAGUGUGGGACACGUGUCUGGAGUAUAAAAUCCUGCUGUACUCCCUCGAUGGCCGACUAUUGUCCACUUAUCGGGCUUAUGAAUGGUCGCUAGGGAUAAAAUCGAUCGCCUGGAGCCCCAGCAGUCAAUUUCUGGCAAUUGGCAGCUAUGAUGAAAAGGUGCGUAUCUUGAACCAUGUAACGUGGAAAAAGAUCACGGAGUUUGAGCACCCAACAACAAUUGCCAACACCAAGACCAUUGUGUAUAAGGAAGUGGAGAAAUCCCCAUCUGCAGAAACUGAGACACUUUCCUUCCCUCCAUCAAGAGCAUCGGCGAGUUCUUGGUUCAGCAUGCAGAGUAAAUAUGACAUUUCCCAGGUGCCAGUUUCUUUACACCACAUCAAACCAGUUGCUGACAGGGCGAAUCCCAAAAUAGGAGUUGGGAUGUUGGCAUUCAGUGCAGAUAACUGUUUCCUGGCAACCAAAAAUGAUAACAUUCCGAAUGCUGUCUGGAUCUGGGACAUUCAAAAGUUGAAGCUGUUUGUAGUCCUAGAGCAGCUGUCUGCGAUCCAGUCUUUCCAGUGGGAUCCACGACAACCUCGCCUUGCUCUGUGCACAGGGAAUAGCAAAGUCUACUUGUGGUCCCCAGCAGGAUGUGUGUCCGUGCAGGUUCCGAUGGAAGGUGACUUCCAGAUUGUCUCUCUUUCCUGGCACUCUAGUGGAGACUCCAUGGCACUCCUGAGCAAGGACAACUUUUGUGUGUGCUACUUAGAAAGAGAAGAGGUGAAAUAACAUCAUUUGCAUUAAAAAUGCUCACAAUUUUGAGAGAGUGAGGAAAGGGGUCGAACCCUAUUGCCCAACCAGAAGUUUAUCUAUUUAUAAGUUAUUUAUUUGAAGGAGUGUACCCGCACUGCAGUGUGUAGACAACUGAUAUCGAGUGGUAUAGCAACUCAAAUGUAGAGAAUGAUGUCUGGAUGUCAAGGAAACUUCAGUAUUGAUGGAGUUGAACUUUCUCUUGAGUGUUGUCAACUGUGAAACCUUAUUUUCUAAACUUGUAGCUGCGUGUGUAUAUAAUGUAUAGCUGUUAUUUAAAUUUUAUAAUGUCCAAUAAAUAUUUUGGUAGUCACUAACUUGGUAUGACUCAAACUGCAACCCUGUGCUUCUCCGUUCUGAAGUCUAUUUUGUCUUGAUGGGAUUGUGCAGCCAUUUAUCCCAGCCCUAGGGAACAGUUAUUGGCACACUAUAGUGUCCAGCUGAUAUCUAAGUCUUCUCCAAAAUAAUAGAUUUUUCUGGUUUACUAGAGUUAAAUGUUGUAGCAGCACAUCAGUAAGAUGCUUCUGAGUAGAUCAAUUACCGUAAAAGCAAAACAAGUUCUUUGUUCAGAAAGGAAAUGAAGUAAUUUGUAAUAGUUUUGCUUUUCCAGACAGAGCUGUUAACAGGUGGCUGUGCCGCGUCUCCCAUGGGUUUGUUAUACUGAGUCUUCACAAGAAGGAUCAUAAGUGAUAGUUUAGAGCAAUAGAUGACGAGGAACUGAAAUGGGGGCUUCUGACCCAACCAUCUGGUGCCAAACUGAAGCGGUUUGUUCAGCAGGGAAGGAGCAGUUGGACUGUCCUUUAACUUUCCCCUGAGCCACCAG